AUGGCGGCAGAGAAAGAAAUUGACCGCCUGGCUGUGCUUGUAUGCGAAGAGGAGAGGGAGGUGGGUUCGGCGGUUUCUUUGAACGGACGGUUGGUGGGGGGCCAGGAUGUCCGUCAGACUGUGGGUACGCAGGAUUUGGCUCGAGUGGAAGGUGAAAAUCAGCCACGGGACAAGGCUCUGGCAGUUACAUAUGAGAUCACGGGGACUGCUGUGGAGUCCCAGGGGGCUGCAUCGGAAAAAUCAAUGGGGGGGUUGCUGCAUGGGAAAGAGGCCUUACAGGAUCUGAGACUUGUUGACAGCAUUUGCAUUGAGUUAUCUGGGGACGGGAGGACUAGGGAUGUGAUGGUCGCAGAGGACGAGUCAUCCUCUAUGGAGGAGAGUGAUGACAGUGCAGAAGGGAGUGGGAUGGAGCUACCGCAGGUGGCAGGCAACUUGUCGCCAAGGUUUGUGUUUAGGCGUGAGACAAGUCCGAAUACCUCUCUUGUGGAGUUAAAUGUUGAUCCUCUUGUGGAGGAGGUCAAGAGUGGCAAAAGAAGAAAAGGGAAAGGCUUGCGUGCUCGGUUCAAAUCGGACAGACAAUUACGGUCCUUAAAUACCAACAUUAGCUCAUCCCAGCACGGUGUUCAGUUUGUGGCCAUUUCUGAGCCAAAAUUGGAUGCUUCUAGAUUGGAGUCUAUUCGUUUGAAAUUAUCCUUUGAUUAUGCUCUUGUAAAUGAGUCCGAGGAUUUGUGGAUUUUUUAUAGUUCCCCUUUCGUUUGUUCGGUGGUGGGCUCUUCCUCACAGCACAUUUCGCUGCAUAUUCAUCACCCAUGGCUUCCGAGACCGAUGGUUUUCUCAUUUGUGCAUGCGCUGUGCUCAGUUGAGGGACGGAGGGGCUUAUGGGAGAAACUUUUAUCUGAUAAGCCUUCAUCACUGCCUUGGUUCAUUGGGGGGGAUUUUAACGUUAUUGUGGGUGCAAAUGAGAAGCGAGGGGGGAGGCCUUUUUCGGUUUCUGAAGGUUUAGAGUUCUUGGCUUUCAUGGAGGAGGCCGAGGUUUUCGAUGUUGGGUUCUCAGGCCAGAGUUUCACAUGGUGCAAUAACCGGAGAGGUAGGGCAAGAAUUUGGAAGCGGCUAGAUAGGAUGCUUAUUAAUGGGGCAUGGGCUGAGGGGUCAUCGGUAAUCUCAGUUGUGCAUCUUCCGAGACACCCGUCGGAUCAUGCUCCUCUGAAAGUGUCCUUUUCUUCAAGGCUUGAUAAUGGGCCGCGGCCAUUCCGUUUUUUGAAUGCAUGGACAUCCCAACCACGCCUACUGGAGGUCAUUAGAGGAGCUUGGGAACCGACGACUCAAGGGUCACCACUACGAGUGUUGUGUUCAAAGUUACUUGCAACUCGGAGGGCGAUUCAGCACUGGAAUAAACUGCAUUUCGGUAACAUUGGGUCGGCUGUUAACGAAGCGGAGGAUCGACUGGAAAGGCUAGAGGGUGACACGAGAUAUGGAGGCUCUAAUGGGGAGAACGAGGAGAUACAUCAAGCGCAAGCAGAAUUAAAUCGGGCUCUGACGAUUGAGGAACAGUUUUGGAGGCAAAAAGCGUGGGUCAAGUGGCUCAGUGCUGGGGAUAGAAACACGAGGUAUUUUCAUGCGGUGGUCAAGCAAAGGAGAGUACAAGGAGCGAUUCAUCGGGUGAAGACAACAGCGGGGACAUGGGUGGACAGGGACAAAGAUAUAGCAAGGGAGGCGGUCGAGUAUUUUUCCGAUCUUUUCUCAGGGUCUUUGGAUUUCAAUCCGGGGGACUUGGGACAUUUAAUCCCGCCAAUAGUUUCGACUGCUGAUAACGCUUUGUUAGCAGAGGCCCCAGACAUGGAGGAAGUUCGACGAAUAGUGUUUGACAUGGACGGCGAGAGCGCUGCUGACCCGGACGGCUUCACAGGCAAGUUUUUCACGUUCGCGUGGGAUAUCAUUGCCCAGGACGUUCACAGAGCAGUGCUGAGUUUUUUCUGUGGAAGUGAGUUGCCUAAGUUCAUUACUUCCACCUCGAUAGUGCUGAUCCCUAAACAGGCGAAUCCCCAGGAUUUCUCGAAGUUCAGACCGAUCAGCCUCUGCAAUUUCUUUAACAAGGUCUUGUCAAGGAUUUUGGUGGGUCGGCUGGCCUCGGUAGUGUCGAAAUUUAUUUCCCCCCAGCAGACGAGAUUUGUUAAAGGCCGGUCUAUAACAGAUAAUUAUUUGCUGGCUCAAGAAUUGAUAAGGGGUAUUGGUAAGAAGGUGCGAGGGGGAAACGUAGCGUUAAAACUGGACAUGACUAAGGCUUAUGAUCAGAUGUCCUGGGGGCACAUUAUUUUCAUGUUGCGUGCGUUUGGGUUUGGGGAGACGGUGAUUGAUCUGGUAUGGAGGCUCAUCUCCAAUGUCUGGUUCUCCAUUAUUAUUAAUGGUAAGUCUCACGGGUUUUUCAAAUCAAGUGGGGGAUUACGUCAGGGGGACCCGUUGUCCCCAGUUUUGUUCAUUAUUGGGUCGGAAAUGUUGUCGCGGGGGUUAAAUGCCCUAGCCUUUCAGCAUAUCGGGUAUAGAGGCUUCCCAAGUUGUCCUGCUGUGACGCACCUUGCUUUCGCGGAUGACGUGCUCAUCUUUACCAAUGGGUCGGCUCCGGCCUUGAAGCGUACUAUGCAAGUGCUCGAGGCAUACCAGCAAUCCUCAGGCCAACUGGUAAAUGAUCAUAAGAGUGGUUACAUGGUCCACAGGGGUACUUCACCAGCUAGACGACGGGUUAUUGAGCGGAUUACGUACUUUACGCGGCAGGAGUUUCCGAUUCGCUAUCUUGGUUUCCCGUUGUACACGGGUAGAUGCAGAGCUGCAUACUUUGGAGAAGUGUGUCAGGCAGUGGUAGCUCGGAUCAUUUCGUGGAAAUCUAGGAUGUUAUCACAGGGGGGCAGGUUAGUGUUGAUAAAGCAUGUGCUCUCAUCUAUCCCGGUGCAUUUAUUGUCGGCUGCGGUGUGUUCCGUGUCAGUUUUUAAGCGAAUUGAACAGGCUUGCGCAAACUUCUUAUGGGGAGCUACAGGGGAAGGAAAGAAGCUUCAUUGGAUUAGAUGGUCUCAGUUAUGCCUCCCGGUUGAGGAGGGGGGUGCGGGGUUCAGGAGGCUUUGGGAUGUAUACGAAGCUUUCUCGUGCAAACUAUGGUGGAAUUUUCGGACAGGUACAUCGCUUUGGGCAGACUAUAUCCGAGCAAAGUAUUGCAGGGGUCUCCACCCCUGCCAGGUGGAGUUGAGAAGCUCUGAUUCACCGACUUGGCGGCGAAUGUUAAAUAUCAGUCGUCAGGUAGAGGUGGGCAUGGUUUGGAUGGUGAACGGGGGGACUUGUCACUUCUGGUAUGAUAAUUGGCUUGGCGAUGGAGGCCUGUUUAUUAAGGUUCCGGUACACCAAACAGUCACCUUCAGGGAUUUCGUCAUAAAUGGGGAAUGGGAUGUCCAGGCGCUUGGCCAAUUUCUCCCGAGGCAUCUCACCUAUCAGAUAAAGCAUCAUCCAGUUCCGAGGGGAGAAGGGCAGGAUGAGGUGUUCUGGAGUUCGACAGCUUCAGGAAGGUUCACGUUAGCAUCUGCAUUUGACAAUGUCCAUCAGGCUAGCGCGGUUUCAGUGAUCCACGGUCAGGUUUGGCAUCCUCAAAUCCCGUUGAAGAUUUCGUUCAUCAUGCUGCGGCUGCUUAUCGGAAAGCUGCCUAUAACUGAUGCCUUGUGGAGGGUGGGCGUCCAGUUGGCUUCGAAGUGUUUAUGCUGCCCUGAGGGGGCGGUGGAGCUGCUGGAGCAUGUAUUCUCGGCCGGGAAAGUUGCGAUGGAAGUUUGGAGCUAUUUCGGUAACAUCUGCGGGAUUGCUCGACAUGGUUCAGAUGUUCGAGCAUGGAUGAUGUCUUGGUGGGUGUCGAAGCCCAGGUCGAAGAGACGACAGGUUGUGUUCACUAUUUUGCCCGUUUUCAUUUGUUGGCACAUCUGGAAGGCUCAGAAUAAAGCGCACUUUGAAGGUAUUCAAAUGUGUGUGUCAAGAGUUUGUCGUGACGUGCUUAUCGACGUGAAGGCCGUGGUGGAGGCUCAGUUCGGCCAGCGGUUGGAAUUACUUACGAUGCCCCAGUUAUAUGAGUGGUCUCGACAUCAAGCACCCCGUUUUAGGUAUCAGGUAGUGGGAUGGAAGGCGACGGCAGCUCAUUUGCUAACGCUAAACACAGAUGGGUGUUCCAAGGGGAAUCCAAGAGUGAGUGGUGGCAGAGGGAUAUUACGGGAUGCAGCGGGGUCUCUCUGUUUUGCCUUCUCGGCGUACUUUGGGGAAGCAUCGAGUCUGCGGGCAGAAGCUUUGGCACUGGUAACGGGGCUACGUUUGUGCGGGCAGAAGGGGUUUACCAACGUCAGUAUACAGGUCGAUUCCUUGGUCCUGGUGGGGAUUCUCCAGCGUCGUCUGCUGUGCCCGUAG